GCGGCUCCUCUUGCAAAGCGAGCUUGCUGGCAACGGCGGGGAUGGGCGGCCUCCCUCUGGGCAGGCGAGGAGAGGGAAGAGCGAGGAGGGCAGCCUCCUUCCCUUCCUCCACCCCCCCCCCAGCCCUGUGGCUGGAGCAGGCCUGGCCCCUCGGGGGAGCCCGGGCCGAGAGGGUUAACUCAGGAGCGACUCCCCUUUACCUUCCCCGCAGCGAACAUGUCCGCAGGCAGCGGCGGCGGCGGCUCUUCCAGGGGCGGCGCUGGUGAACAAGGCGUCUUGGCACGGGCCCCGGGGAAGGCUGGUCAGGGGCGUGAGCUCCCCUCUCCCACCAGCACCAGCAGAUUUGGGGGGGGGAGGAGGAGGGGGAGGGAAAACAAGGCAGCGCGCCCCCCGCGCUUUGCACUCCGGACAAUUAGCCGCCCGUGACUGGCUGUGCCCGGCGCGGGACGACUUAAUUGGGGAGCCCCCCUCGGCCUCGGCCCAGCAUGCCCUGCCCCAGCGCUGGCCCUCCCGGCUUCCUGGCCCUCUUGGCCCCUGGGCUGGCGCUGCUGGCGCACCUCUCCCUUCCCUCGCAGGCCGGGGUGAGGCGCCUGCCCGCCGGCACCAGCCCUCAGGGCGCACCGGGCAGGACACUCAUCCUCCUGGACGUGAGCACCAGGAGCCCCCUCCGCGUCACCAGCGAGAACUUCCUGUCGCUCCAGCUGGACCCCUCCAUCCUCCACGACGGCUGGCUGGACUUCCUCAGCUCCCGGCGCCUGGUGACCCUGGCCCGUGGCCUGGCGCCCGCUUUCCUCCGCUUCGCCGGCAAGAGGACCGACUUCUUGCAGUUCCAGAACGUCAAGAACCCCGCCAAGAGCCGCGGCGGACCCGGGCCGGACUACUACCUCAAGAACUACGAGGACGAUAUUAUUCGCAGUGAUAUUGCCUUGGAUAAGCAGAAAGGUUGCAAGAUCGCCCAGCACCCAGAUAUCAUGCUGGAGCUACAGAGGGAAAAGGCAGCUCAGAUGCACCUGGUUCUCCUCAAGGAGCAGCUCUCCAACACCUACACCAACCUCACGCUAACAGCCAGGUCUCUAGACAAACUCUAUAACUUUGCUGACUGUUCUGGACUUCACCUCAUCUUUGCAUUGAAUGCCCUACGCCGGAACCCCAACAAUUCCUGGAACAGCUCUAAUGCUCUCAGUCUGCUCAAGUACAGUGCGGGCAAGAAAUACAACAUCUCCUGGGAGCUGGGCAAUGAACCAAACAACUACCGAGCCCUGACAGGGCGAGCGGUGAAUGGCACUCAAUUGGGCAAGGACUACUUGCAGCUGAAGAGGCUGCUGCAGCUGAUCCGCACCUAUUCCCGAGCUAGUCUAUAUGGGCCCAACAUUGGGAGGCCGAGGAAGAAUGUUGUGGCCCUCCUGGAUGGGUUCAUGAAGGUGGCAGGCAACACAGUGGAUGCUGUUACCUGGCAACAUUACUACCUUGAUGGCCGAGUGGCCAAGGUGACGGACUUCCUGAAAACGCGCCUGUUAGACACACUCUCUGACCAGAUCAGGAAAAUCCAGAAAGUUGUCAAUGCACACGUGCCUGGAAAAAGGAUUUGGCUGGAGGGCAUCGGAGCCACUUCUGAAGGAGGCAUCACCAAUCUCUCGGAUUCCUGUGCUGCCAGCUUCCUGUGGCUGAACUCUCUUGGAAUGCUGGCCAGCCAGGGCAUUGAUGUGGUGAUGAGACACUCAUUUUUUGACCAUGGGCACAACCAUCUUGUGGACCAGAACUUCAACCCAUUGCCGGAUUACUGGCUCUCCCUGCUCUACAAGCAGCUUGUCGGACCCAGGGUACUUGCUGUCCAUGUGGCUGGGCUGCAACGGAAGCCGCGCCCUGGCCGGGUGAUUCGUGAUAAAUUACGCAUCUAUGCUCAUUGCACCAGCUACCACAACCACAAUUACGUCCGUGGUUCUAUCACACUGUAUAUCAUCAACCUGCAUCGGUCCCGGAAGAAAAUCAAGCUGGUGGGGACCCUUCGGGACAAACUUGUCCACCAGUAUAUUCUGCAGCCCUAUGGUCAGGAGGGGCUCCACUCUAGGUUGAUGCAGCUUAACGGCCAGCUGCUGACCAUGAUGGAUGACGGAACUCUGCCUUUUCUGAAGCCUCGUCCUCUUCGUCCUGGCCGGACCCUGGUGAUCCCUCCCCUCACCAUGAGUUUCUAUGUGGUGAAGAAUGUUAACGCUCUGGCCUGCCGAUAUCGGUAGCUCCACCCACCCCACUGCCAAGGACAGACUGACCCACUAGGCCUCUUGGGGCAUCUCUUGGCAAGUGCUCGCUUCUCAAGUAGGCUAGGCAGAUGGCACGAGGAAAUGAGAGCAGCCAAGGCUGGCGAGCAGCUUUGUGGGUCUCUGCAGGCACCAGUUGUCCCUCUCACAAAUGACCCGCUAUUCUGUUCUCGCCACCACCGCCUGCAGUGGCCACAGGAAUGUGGGGAAUGUUCUGCUUCUGCCUCUAAGUUUGGUCAAAGCCAGAUUACUUUUUCCUUUGUGGAAAGAACAUUUCUCCAGAGCCAGCAGGAACUGCCUGGCAAGCUAUCCUGCCGAAGGAUGGGGUACAGAGGUGCUGCUUCAGAAACUUGGUAAAGUAGGGAAAGUGGAAUCCUCUGCCAAGUGACAGAUGUGGGGGAACUGCCUGGAGCAGCCUGGGACACCCUGCACCUUCUGCAGAGAUCCAAUCCUAGAGCAGAGGCGUUGUGCCACCUUGAGGGCGGGUGGAAGUGCCCUGCUAGAUUCAGGAGGUUCUGGACUUUAUUUGCUGAACAAGGGCAAGAUGCACACAGCAUGCCAGCAAGCUAUUAGGUGACCUCCAGCAAAAAGAGCUUUGGAAGCCCGGCCUUUAGAUUUGAUUCCUGUGGGAGCUGCGCCGCCUGCUGGCAACUGACAGUAGAGCAGACUGUGUGCUCCCGAGUAUGCAGAUAAGAGGCAGUUGCACAGGGCAUGUGGAGAGCCAGAGGAGCCAGGACAGCCUUUUGCAGAAACACGCAGCCAGCUGUGCUGCCGAGGGAAGACAUACAGCAUAUGCCAGUCCAGAUAAGCACCGCGGGGGGCGUCUGCAGCGGCUCCAGUCCAGCGGCAUGGUGGGGUGGGGAGGAGGAGAAGUUUGGUCUUGGCCACUGUCGUCAUAAUGCUGCCCCCUGGGAGCAUUGGCUGUAAAUGUUGGUAAUUAAAUUAUAUUUUCUGAAGAA